CUGUGUCGUGCGCGCGCCCUGGCAGGAACGUGUAUGGAAAAACAGUGCUCGCCACUGGUAAGGAACGGGAAUUCGUCUCUUCUAACCAUACACCUGUGCUGAUGGAAUAGACUGUCUCAUCAACAGGCAAAUACUCCGACGGGGGCGGAAGUGGGGUUUUGCUUUGCGCUCGUAUUUAUUUACAUUUAUUUAUCCACGAGUGACGUCGUUUGAUAGCACCGGUCUUCAUAUUCUCCUACCGUUACCUUCUCGACCGUGCCGUUCGCCGACCAUCUACUCUACGCCAUAGCGUCUCCUCAUGCACCUGGUACUCUGAAGCGCCGGAUCUCAAGGUUACUACUAUCCUUUUGAAGGCCUUGAUGGGGGCACUGAUUUUUGCGACAAUUCUCUGGACCCUCACUGGUGGGGGAUGCCUGCCACUACAGGAUGGGAAGGCAACCGACUGUGUCCAGCAGGACUCUGUGAGCAGCAGAGCUGGCGCUCCACAUCCCCCAUGUGACAGGCAGCUGACAGUGGAGGACAGUCUGACUGCUGAACAGAGGCAUGUGGGUCUGCUGAAGGAACUCCAGGAGCUGGCCGAAGAGGAGCUGCAGAGACAGAGGGAUUACGCCCGUGACCUGGAAGAGGGUGGGAAAAACAAAGCAGGAUGGCACGGUGAGGAAGACGAGGAUGACCAAGACGACUUUGACGAGGAAGAGGAUGACCUCGGCAAUGGGCCCGCCAUGGACGAGCCGUUCGAGGAGGAGGAGGAGGAGGAGGAAGAGGAAGAUCGAGAGAAGAAGAGUGCGGGGGAGAUGAUGGAGGAGCCGCGGCUGGAGCAGGGCAAGCACUCGGACGCAGACGAAGAGGAGAAGGCUCGCGAGCUGGAGGAGCUGCUGGCCAAGGAGAUCCGCAAGAGGGACAAAGAGCAGGACAAGGACCAGGAGCUGGAGGAGCUCCUCAGGGAGCUGAAGAAGAAGAGAUACGAGGCGGCCAAGGAGAGGACGGAGCGGAAAGAGAAACCGGAGAAGGAGGAGGCGAUGGACGAGAAGAAAGCCAAGGGGGGGGAGUUCGAGGAGGAGGAGGAGGUGAAGAAGGCCCAGGCGGAGAAGCUGGAGGACGUGGAGAGGAAGAGGAGCGAGGAGAGGAGGAAGAACGAAGUGGAGCUGAUGGUGGAGAAGGAGAAGGUGGAGCGGGAGCUGAAGCAGCUCCUGGAGGAGCAGAAAGACACGACCAAGAAGUGGGAGAAGGACAAAGAGAAGGAGGAGAAGGAAGAGGAGCUGCAGGAGCUCCUUAGGAAGAUGAAGCACGUGCAGGUGGAGGAGGCGCCGCUGGACAAGGAGAGCACAAGCGAAGACGAGAAAAAAGAAGAGAAGGAGGGAGAGAAGCCGGUGGAGGAGAAGAAGAUGCAGGUGGUGAAGGGAGAGGGAGGGAAGGAGGUGUCAAGAGGAGAAAGCGAGUUGAAAGAGCCGCAGCAGAAGAGAGUGAUGGAGAACGCCAGUGACGAGGCCACCCGUCAGUUUGACAGGGACAGGUAUGAGGAUGAGGAGCGGGAUGAGGGCGAGGAUGAUGAGGAAGAGGAGGAUGAGGAUCAAGAUGAGGAAGAAGGGGACGAGGAAGAAGAGGAUCUGGAACUGCUGGAGAUUGAGACGGAACUACGCCGAGUGGCAUCAGAACUGAGAGCAAUGCGACUGGGCUGAGACCAUGACAACUCACUCACACACACACUCACACACACACACUCACUCUCUCACACACACACACACACAUACACACACACACA